AUGAAGGUUACAAAAGUGCUGGUAACGCUGGCUGUUUUAGUGGCCCUAAAUUUACUCACACCCUGCACAUGUAAGAAUUUAUUUCUGGAAAAAGUGAAAGCAAAACUAGACGCAUUCGAUAAAAAUAUGAAGAAAAAGGAUUUCAAAAAGAAGGUGCUCAUCUCAUCAGCCAUUUUAGGGGCAGCCAUUUUGGCAAAUGUACUAGCUGGAAUAGGAUACUACAGUUAUAAGAAAAAGGAACAGCGUCAUCAUGAAAUGAAUGAUCAUUCCGAGGAUUGUAAAAUGCACGCAGCUGCAAAUAAACAUGCCAAGCUCACUAAAGAAAUUAUGGAAAAAGUAAAUCGAAUGUCAGAAAAAAAUAUGGCCAAAAGUUUCAAGUCAGGAAAACCAGAUUACCCAAAGCUAAAGGACAUUAUGCUCAGCAUGGAAAAUGAAGUCAAAAAGAGAAACGCAAAUUUCGACAAGUAUCAUAUUUCAGACAUGUCCUACGAUGUUUUCAGAAACCUUUAUCAUAUAUCUGAGCUGUGGAAAAAGAACCCAAGCUUAAUUCCGAACAGUAAAUAA